AUGGCUGAUAAUGCCCCCGUCGAUGUGAUCCAGUCUCAUCAAGAUGACGAUCGGGACUCGGUAGUGGGAACCAAGCACGAGGACGAAAUCCCACCGCAGAUACAACCCCAGACCGAUCCCGACGAGAAGUAUAAGCAGGACGUCCCACCAGACGGGGGAUAUGGCUGGGUCUGCGUCGCAUGUGUAUUUUGGAUUAAUGCGCAUACCUGGGGAAUCAACAGCAGCUACGGUGUCUUCCUCAGUUACUAUCUUUCCCACAACGUCUUCCCGAAUACGACAGCUCUCUCCUAUGCCUUCACCGGCGGUCUCAGUAUCUCCUGUGCCCUGCUGGUAGCCCCACUAGCCACCUAUCUCAUUCAAGUCUUCGGUACCCGACUCGUCGUCAACCUGGGCGUCUUCUUCGAAACCCUCUCCCUCAUCGGGUCAUCCUUUGCCACGCAGAAAUGGCACAUCUUCCUCAGCCAAGGCGUCUGUUUCGGCUGGGGUAUGGGCUUCCUCUUCGUCGGUAGCGUGGGUAUCGCUCCACAGUGGUUCUUGAAACGACGCAGCUUUGCGAUGAGUAUUACCGCGGCUGGGUCUGGCUUUGGCGGAUUGACCUACUCCUUGGCUGUGGGUGCGAUUAUCCCCCGUCUAGGUCUGGGCUGGGCAUUCCGUAUCUUGGGCAUCGUCUCGUGCGUGGUGAACCUGGUCUGCGGGAACCUCCUUCGAGAUCGGAAUAAGUUGGUUGGGAGUCGUUUGAAGGCUUUUCAUUUCCCACUGCUGCGGCGGCCUGAGUUUCUUCUUUUCUUGGCUUGGGGUGUCUUUAGUAUGUUGGGAUACGUGGCACUGCUGUUCAGCGUGGCCAACUUUGCUCUUUCCGUUGGUCUGACGUCGCACCAGGGCAGUAUCGUUUCUGCUCUGUUGAAUCUCGGACAGGGUCUUGGUCGUCCAUUUGUCGGCAUGUUCAGUGAUCGACUUGGUCGAAUCAAUAUCGCCACGUUCCUCACCUUUGUGUGUGGGUUGUUUUGUCUGGUCAUUUGGAUCUUUGCUGAUAGCAUGGGCGUGGUAUGUUUCUUCGCCGUCUUGGUAGGAACAGUUGCCGGAACCUACUGGGCCACCGUCUCCCCAGUUUUGGCCGAGAUCAUUGGAUUGAGAGACCUGCCUUCUGGGCUGAGUAUUACUUGGCUCACGCUCGUUGCACCGUGUACCGUUUCUGAAGCGAUUGCUCUCGAGCUUCGCACGACCAAGGUUGGCGGGGGAGUUUCAUACUUGCAUAUCCAGAUAUUCACCGGCUUUGUAUAUAUCGGUGCUUCCCUGUGUCUGUGGGUUGUUCGGGGGUGGAAAGUAGGGGAACUAGAGAGGGCGCAGGAGCGGCGAGAAUCUGUUGCUCGCGAAGAGGCUCUCACGAAUACGGAGACCCCUGGUGGAGAAAAGCAGGAUCGUCCUGCGACUGUUGCAUCGACGACUGCAUCUGAUGGCGCGGUUGAGACUCAUAUUUGGGCCCCCCCUCAGCUUGAUGCGCAGGAUGGUUGCCCUUAA